AUGGCGUCCCCUGCGCAUAGCUAUUCAAGCUACGACUCGGGCAAAAAUGAGAGUGUGGAUCGGGGUGCUGAGGAUCUGUCUCUAAACAGGGGAGAUGAGGAUGAAGAUGACCACGAUGACCACGAAGAUUCUGAGAAAGCUAACGAGACAGAUGGCGUGGAGGCUGAGCGGCUAAAAGCUUUUAAUAUGUUUGUCAGGCUGUUUGUAGAUGAAAACUUGGACCGAAUGGUCCCAAUCUCUAAGCAGCCCAAAGAAAAGAUCCAGGCUAUCAUUGACUCAUGCAGGCGACAAUUCCCUGAAUAUCAAGAGCGUGCCCGAAAACGCAUACGUACUUACCUCAAGUCCUGCAGGCGGAUGAAAAGAAGUGGUUUUGAGAUGUCUCGACCUAUUCCUUCCCACCUUACUUCAGCAGUUGCUGAGAGUAUCUUGGCCUCAGCCUGUGAGAGUGAGAGUAGAAAUGCCGCCAAGAGGAUGCGCCUGGAUAGACAACAGGAUCGUGUGUGUGUGCAGGGGGAGCCUCAAGCCUGAAGCAAGCCAGUGGCAAGGGCAGGAGCCUGCUGCCUUGUCAGCAGUCAGA